UCACUGUCUGAUUAUUUUAAAUGCCUUGAAUCGUUAGUGAUUCACCUUGUAGAGAUCGUCUUUGUCGACUCCAGACUAUAUAAGCAGUACCUGCUAUUCCCAGCAGAGUUUUCUCUCAUCAAUACGCAGUUUGACCUCACGUCUGAUAGAAAGUUGAUUCCGUAGUGUACAGGAUAUAUUAGAAUAUUUUGCGUUGUUUAUAAAGCCCAGGCGGAGCAUGUAAAUCGGAGCAUGAGAUGACAUUGAUGUCGUAAAAAUCGGAGUUUUUGACAAACUUCAAAGCAGUUGUCAUGUUGAGAUCGAUGACACGUGCUGUGUCGACCAAAUGUAGUGUAUUGUCAAAUAAUGGGUAACCUAAAAAUGCACGUAACAAUCCGUAACUUUUUCUUCGUGAUUGCCCUGUGUUUUUUGACUGAACGCGCUUCGGCCUCGUAUUGUUAUCCGCACUAUUGUCAAAAUGUGACUAACCUGGACUUGAAACCAAUACCAGGUUUCCGAUGUGUAUUGACGAAGGUACAAAGGGGCGAAGGUUGUGCAAAGUUAAAAUUUGACGAAUUCGAUAAGAAAUCAUCUAAACAAGAUAAUGUCGGAAACUUCGUAUUACAUGCGUUUGUCCAUACUUUCCAGAAGGACAACCAUAAAGCGACCUCAUUUAAUUUGUCGAUCUCAGAUAUCAAUUUCCAUAGAUUAAUUACGCGUUAUCAAAAUAUCGCCGACGAGAAUGAGCAUGCGUGUAGAUACAUACAAUUGUACGGAAAUGCCACUCAUCCCGAAAUACCCAAAGACUUGUUCGUGUCGUGUCCAUUUUCCUCUGGUUCACACGAGGGAUCUCCGUAUCGUUUGGAGUAUGCCGCCAUUCAGAAAAAUCACACAUACAGCAAAAAGUACAUCUUCUUCGUGCCGGAUCACAAAUUGAUCGAGGACGACAUUAAAGUCGAAAUGUUUACACCUUUUACAUACAUAGACGUGUCGGAUUUGUCACAAUUAGCGUUGUACAUACAACCGCUCCCGAAGAGCUACAACGUAGCGAAAUACAAAAUAUGGUUAAUCAAUAACGACACGCAAUCGGCGCUCAACAUCGUGAUUUUACCCGCGAACGAAAAUAAUGAACAUUUGCGGUAUGACUUCUCUGUACCGGAUGAUAGCGUAUAUUACAUCAAAGUCGCAGCGUUACAUCUAAACUGCGGCGAACAUGGAUGCGUGAACAGCACGACACCGUUUAUAAACACAAAACAUCCAUCCCAUAAAUUGUUGAUUAUGAUAAUCAGUUUGAUAUGGAUACCACCUGUUUUGUUAUACGCGCUGUAUCAUGUGUUUAAGCUUUACAGAAAGAGAGUUUUAAAGAGAAUAGCAAUGAGGCCAAAUUGCUUGCUGAUUUAUACCCCGUCACAUCCUCUGCACGUGAAUGUAAUGGCGGAAUUGGCAAAAUAUUUGAAAAGUUGUAACAUCAAUGCCAUGAUAGAUAUGUUUGAUAUCGCAGAAACUGCCAACAAAGAUCCGGGACUCUGGUGCAACACUGCAUUUCAAGCUGCCGACAUUGUGCUCGUCGUGACAUCUCCGUUGGUGUCGUCCGCAAAAACCAACACAACAAUUGUUUAUCGGAACGUGGAUAAUCACCUGCUGCGUCUGCUGAAGGAGAAUUAUCCGCAAAGAAACAAGAGAUAUUACACGAUUCAAUUGCCGUAUUGCAAGCCAAAUCGCAUACCAGAGGAGGCGCGACUCUUCAAGAAAUUCCAUUUACCUAAGGACUUAAAGAGGCUUGUGAAGACGAUCCAUGGUAUCGGUUGCUUGCAAUUCAUCACGUCGUCGGAUAACGAGCUAUUGGAAAGCAUUAAGUGCGCUAUGAUGACGGUAUCUGAGGAUGAAGGCAGUACGGAUGAGAGCGACGGUUUAUUGUCACCACCGAUUGUUAUACAAGAAACUGCCAGUAUAAAAUAUCGUAAAAUCGAUGAAUCUGACGAGGUUCAUAAGUCCGACAUGGUGGAUGGUAGUGUUAUACCUCAUUCUUUUACGACAAAUAUCGAUGAAUUGAAUUUACUCGGUGAAAUUGACGAAAAGAAGAUUCCCGAGUUCAAUUCUACAAAGAACGACUGUGAAUUUCGCAUUGAUAAGUUGAAUUUGUGAUUUUUCUUACAUUUUAUACACAUAAGAAUAGUGGUAACAGUAACAACUUUGGGAGGAGCAGAGCACUAUUUGCCUCUCAAUAAAAUUAUUGGGGUGUAGCACUCCCUCUCUUUUGAA